GUGUGGUGGGGAUGAAUUAUGCUAUUGUGACGCUGAACUAAAGUAACGAGAGUUCUAAUUUUCGAAACGGUUUGAGCUGCUGCAGUUUGAUAAAACUUUGAAUUGAAAUUAGCACGAGGUGAACUUGCUGGUGGUCACCUCCAACAAUGACUUCUGUAAAUGUUCUUAAAGGACCUGGUCAUAAAGCAAAAGAAGGAGUAAAGAAUGACAAGCUAGUAAACAAUAUUUCUAAAAGAUCUGCCGAGAAUUCUCCAGAGGAUAUCCCCAAGAAACGGUCAGUAUUUGGAGAUAUUACUAAUGCUCUGGUGGGUGGACAUAAGAAAGUUUUUGGUCAAGAAGUGAAGAAAGUUGGCAUAAGAUUUUCCAAAAAGCAGAAGAAAACACAGCAAUCUGAGCAAGUGCAAGAUAGUUUAGAAGAACAGAAUGCUGACAACACGUACUCUGAAGAUACCAUUAGGAGUAGUCAGGAACAAGGGGAAGAUACUACUUUGUACAUUACGGCAGUUGAAGAACAAUGUGUGGAAUCAGAAGAUAAGAAACCUGAAUGUGAAAUUACAGCCUAUGUUUCCCAAAUUGUUCCAUCUGGAGUCUUUGAUUUUGACCAGGAAUGCCUUGAAGACCCUUUUUCUGAGGCUGUGUACGCAAAGAACAUAUUUAGCUACUACAGAGAAAGAGAGUUGAUGUUCCCUGUUGAAAAGUACCUGAGAAAGCAGCCUGAAAUAUCCAAGUCUAUGAGAGCUAUCCUGGUGGACUGGAUGGUGGAAGUUCAAGAAUCUUUUGAAUUGAACCAUGAGACUUUGUACCUUGCAGUAAAGCUUGUCGAUCACUACCUUAUGAACAAUCCUGUUCCAAAGGCAUCACUUCAACUCGUGGGAGCUACAGCUAUUUUCAUUGCAUGUAAAUUUGAUGAGCGGAUUCCUCCAGUGGUUGAUGAAUUCCUUUAUAUUUGUGAUGAUGCCUACAGCCGCAAGGAACUUCUUCAGAUGGAGAUUCGUCUACUUAAAAACAUUAAUUUUGACCUUGGUAUUCCACUCUCAUACAGAUUUUUGAGGCGUUAUGCUCGGUGUGAUAAGAUCAGUAUGGAAGUGUUGACCUUGGCCAGAUAUAUACUAGAGACAGCUUUAAUGGACUAUGAUUUAGUUGAUGUAAAAGAUUCAUUGCUUGCUGCAGCAGCCCUCUUUUUAGCCUUGAAGAUGAAGAACAUUACUGAAUGGAGUCCAACCUUGGAGUAUUAUUCAUGCUAUAAAAGCUCAGAUUUGGAAAAGCUUGUUCUUCACCUGAAUAAGCUUAUUUCAACUCCACUUCACAAAAAUCUCCAAACAGUGCGAACCAAGUACUCCCACAAGUAA